AUGUGCCAUGCGCUUCUACACUCCUUAAUAAAUAUGGGGAAAACUGCAUUAAAUGUGGAUCAAGAGAAUGCUGAGGAGCCUGUUGGCUAUGAUUAUUACAAAAUAUAUCGGGGAUCAAUGACAGAACCAAUACGGGAAUGGGAUGCCGAUAUUGAACUAAGAUUUGCUACAGAAGAGGAGCAAACGCUCCUGCUCGGAAACUCAGAUUCUGAAAGCGAAUGUGCUGCAGAUGAUGAUGAUGACUCGAACGAUGAGAAUAACUGGCGAAAUGACUAUCCGGAUGAGGAAGAUGACGAUGAUGAUGAUACUGAGGAUGAGGAUGUUGAUUACUAUGAUGAUGAUGACAGGGCUUACAGCCUUUCCCUUCAAGAAGACAAUGAAGAAUCACCUUUUGCUCUUGAAAGAAUGCGACGUCGCCUGGAAGGAUUUGCUAUGGAAGCGUACGAAGGAGAAGAAGAUAUUUCCGAUGACGACGAUAACAUUCGUGGCGAAUUUUCUGCUCCCAGUAACGAGGAUGAUGAUAGUUAUGAUGACAGAUAUCGUGAAGAUUAA